CCGCCUAGUGAUGGAGCAGACCGUGUGCGGGCAGCCACAGGAAAGAGUCACACGCGUCUAACAGCCUCCGUUACAGUCGCACGCUCUGCUCUGCUGGGGUUCCCGAAAACAGUCACAUGGUUUGAAAAGAAAAAAAAAAAAAGGCAAGAGGAGGAGGAAGCCGAGACCGGAUAGCAGCAUGCUCACCUGGCAGAGCGUUAGUCUGCUCACCAAUGAAUUGACCUGACGCUUCUGUGCACUUGGGCACCUGUUGGAGGAACCGACCCGGCCGGUGCGGCCCGCGAGAGGACAUGACACAGAACGGCUCUGUGGCCGGCAAUGGCACUCAAACCGAUUCUCUCAAAAUUGUGAUCGUCGGGGACGGGGGUUGUGGGAAAACGUCUCUGCUUAUGGUGUACGCCAAAGGAGAUUUCCCAGAGAAAUAUGCUCCGUCUGUGUUCGACAAAUAUGUCACCACUGUAUCCUAUGGAGGGAAAGACAUUCAGCUGAAUCUGUACGAUACGGCAGGCCAGGAGGACUACGAUCGCUUGAGGCCUCUGUCGUAUCAAGAAGUAAACCUUGUUCUCAUCUGCUACGAUGUGACCAAUCCGACGUCGUUCGACAAUGUCACGAUAAAGUGGUACCCAGAGGUUAGGCAUUUUUGCCGUGACGUGCCCAUUAUCUUAAUAGGGUGCAAGACAGACCUACGAAAAGACAAAGAGAAGAUGAGGAAGCUUAAAGCUUUAGAUCUGGCGCCCAUCACCUACCUCCAGGGUGAACAAAUACAGAAGCAAAUGAACGCUGAUAUAUACCUGGAGUGUUCGGCAAAAUAUAGAGAAAACGUAGAGGACAUUUUCAGAGAGGCAACCAAGCGAGCGCUAGCGGCCCGGGCUAAAGCAAGACAUCUCCGCAAGAAGAAGAAACGCUGCACCAUUCUGUGACCACUGCCAGAAGAACACGCUUUUUCAAGUUUUGUAUAUAUGAAAUAGGAUAUUCUGUAAACACUUGGGAAACAUCUGCAAAGCUUCUCAAAGUUGUUUAAGCUUUCUCGAAGGAAUAUUUUUCAGGACAUGUGGUGUGCGUUUUCUCACAAUCUGCCCACCAAGCAAGGCUUAACUGUCUGACAGAGGUCACCGGAGUGAGCGUGAUAAGCCUGUAAUGGUCCAAGCCACAUCCUUCUGCUGGUGUUACUGAUAUGACUUGAUGGAAUUUGGUCCCCCAUGAUUGUGGAUCCAAUAGAAGAUGGAAAAAUUGCUGCUGAUGUCUCAGUGAUGACUGUUACGAUCUGUGUUUGUAAUAGUAACGCACAACUAACUGAAGUACCUGCCGCUGUGUUACACUGGGUGUGACAUUUUUUUGUUGUGCAAUGCAUGUCAUCGACUUACACAAUAGUUGCAGUUUUUAAACUCUGAGUUACAGUAUUUUGCGAGCCUAUAAAGCUUUCUGAACAAAAAAAGGUGGCCUAUGGUGUACAAAAAAAUCCUGGAGAUUUGUGGAAAUAUGAGUUUAUGUGUAGACCACCACCAUUCGGAACCAUUCAAUGACUUUCUUUCAGUAAGGGGACGAUUUGCUGCGUUUCUUAACUUCCCCAGAUCUCACAGUGAUGCCAGAAAGUGUUGAUUAAUUUGAAAACCAUUACUGCACAAAUAAACCCGUCAUAUUUUAAGAUA